UUACGAACGUCAUUCAGAAUGUGGCUGGCUGUUUUGGCUUUGUUGGCGCUGCCGCUGCUCGUUCUCGUGUACUUUGAACUGAGGGCCAGCCGUCGCAGGCGGAUGCUCAAGGUAUUCAAUGGACCCGCUCCUGUGCCCGUGCUGGGCAACGCCAAUCGCGUAGGCAACACUCCCGCAGAGAUACUCGCGACGAUAUUCGACUGGUGGCAAGAGUACGGCAAGGACAACUUUGUCUUCUGGAUAGGCUAUACCCCGCACUUAGCCGUCACCAAUCCGAAGUACUUGGAGUACAUUCUGAACAGCCAGUCGCUGAUCCAGAAGUCCACCAUCUACGAGCUGCUGCAUCCGUGGCUGGGCUACGGGCUGCUGACCAGCCAUGGGAGCAAGUGGCACAAGCAUCGCAAGAUGAUCACGCCCUCGUUCCACUUCAACAUCCUGCAGGACUUCCACGAGGUGAUGAACGAGAACUCCACCAAGUUCAUCGCCCAAUUGAGGCGCGAUGCCGCCGGGGACAGCAUCAUCGACUUCCAGGACCACGCCCACUACCUCACGCUGGACGUGAUCUGCGACACGGCCAUGGGGGUGCCCAUCAAUGCGAUGGAGCACCGCAACUCCGCCAUUGUGCAGGCCUUCAAAGACAUGUGCCUCAGCGUCAACAUGCGGGCCUUCCAUCCGUUCAAGCGCUCCAACCGCAUCUACAGCCUGUCGCCCGAGUAUGCGGGCUACCAGCGGACGCUGAAGACGCUGCAGGACUUCACCUACGACAUCAUUGAGAAGCGUGUGGAGACGCUGCAGGCGGGACAGAAUAGCUCUUCCUCGGACCCCUCCUCGCCGCGGAAGAAGAUGGCCUUCCUGGACACGCUGCUCUCGUCGACCGUCGACGGGCGUCCACUGACACGCCAGGAGAUCUACGAGGAGGUGUCCACCUUCAUGUUCGAGGGCCACGACACCACCACCUCCGGAGUGGCCUUUGCCGGCUAUCUCCUCUCCAGGCACCCAGAGGCCCAGCAAAAGAUGUACCAGGAGCAGUGCAAUGUCAUGGGCAGCGAACUGGACAGGGACGCCACCUUCCAGGAGAUAGCGCAGAUGAAGUACCUCGACCUGUUCAUCAAGGAGGCCCAGCGGGUGUACCCCAGUGUGCCCAUGAUUGGCCGCUAUGCCGACAAGGACUACAUGAUCAAUGGCACGCUCGUGCCCAAGGGCACAACUAUCAAUCUGGCGCUCGUUUUGCUCGGCUACAACGAUCGCAUCUUCAAGGAUCCCCACCACUUCCGCCCGGAGCGGUUCGAGGAGGAGAAGCCCGGCCCCUUCGAGUACGUGCCCUUCAGUGCCGGUCCGCGCAACUGCAUCGGGCAGAAGUUCGCCCUCCUCGAGCUGAAGACCGUGAUCUCAAAGCUUGUGCGCUCCUUCGAGGUGCUGCCCGCCGUCGACGAGCUCCUCUCCACCGAUGGCCAGUUGAACACCUACCUGGGGCUGUCGCCCGCCGAGAAGCAGAGGCGGGAGGCGGGUCGACACAAAUACGAUCCCAUUCUGUCCGCCGUGCUCACCCUCAAGUCUGAUAAUGGGCUCCAUCUGCGCCUCAGAGAGCGACGACACUAGUUUGGCUCUAGGUUUACUAUUCUAUUUCUAGUUUCCCAAUUACUGUAUGGAUAAUAUUACGACUUCGACUCUUUA